CCGCCUCAAAAUCAAUAGGCAAAUGUUAAAUAACAAAACACGCGAUCUCUCACUCUCUCUGUCUCUGAAAGGAAAGAAACUCUCUGCAAAAGAACCCCAAAUAAAAUCAUUUAAUUUUUGCCUUUCAAAAUCCAAACAAUUCUCCUUUUAAUUACUCUAUUUCUCUAUCUUCACUAUUUUUGAGUUGAGAGGGAGAGAGUUGUUUCUUGGGGGUUUUUCUUAGAAAAUGUCUACUCAGACUCGCCGCCCAUCGUUUUCUUCCUCAACCACGUCGUCUCUGGCGAAACGACACGCGUCGUCUUCGACGUCGUCGGAGAAUGUGGGGAAGGCCAUGACGGCCGCAACCCAUUUGGCGAGAAAGCGGGCUCCUCUUGGCGAUAUCACAAAUCAAAAGAAUGCGCCUCAAAAGGGGUCAAGAACUUCGAUUCCAUCGUCUACUUUGGCACCAUGUUCAAAUAAAAUUGCUAAGGUGAAAAAGGGACCUCCUGCUUGCACCAUCAACACAGGCUUCUCUGGGAGCAAUUUACCUUCAUCUUCAAAUGCGAAACCAAGUGCAAUUGGUGUAUGUAAUUUUACAUCUGUGCCAAGAAGUGAUGAGGCUCUCUCUGGAAUCGCUGUUGAUCCUGCUACAUGCAGGAUGGAUGUCUCUCCUACUAAAUCAGAUGGAAUUUCAAUCUCCUUGGAUGAGACAAUGUCAACUUGUGAUUCUUUUAAGAGCCCUGAAGUUGAGUAUAUGGACAACAAUGAUAUUCCAGCAAUUGAUUUUAUCAAUAAGAAAACACUCAGCAAUCUCUACAUCUCAGACCAUGUGCAAACAGCAGAAAAUGUGUGCUGCAGAGAUAUACUUGCUGAUAUGGAAACAGAUGAUAAAAUUGUUAAUCUUGAUGACAAUUAUCAGGACCCACAGCUUUGUGCCACAAUUGCUUGUGAUAUUUACAAGCAUUUGCGUGCAUCAGAGACGAAGAAAAGGCCUUCCACAGACUUUAUGGAAAGAAUUCAGAAAGAUAUAAAUUCCAGCAUGCGUGCAAUACUCAUUGAUUGGCUGGUGGAGGUGGCUGAAGAGUAUAGGCUUGUGCCUGAUACAUUGUUUUUGACUGUGAACUACAUAGAUCGGUAUCUGUCAGGGAAUGUGAUGAACAGGCAAAGACUGCAGCUGCUUGGUGUCGCUUGCAUGAUGAUUGCUGCAAAAUAUGAGGAAAUUUGUGCGCCGCAGGUGGAAGAGUUCUGCUACAUUACAGAUAACACCUAUUUUAGAGAGGAGGUUCUGGAAAUGGAAUCAGCUGUUUUGAAUUACUUGAAGUUUGAAAUGACAGCCCCCACAGCCAAAUGUUUUCUUAGACGAUUUGUUCGUGCUGCUCAAGGAAUCAAUGAGGUUCCAUCAAUGCAUUUGGAGUGCUUGGCCAGCUAUCUCACUGAAUUAUCGCUCCUAGAGUACAGUAUGCUUGGUUAUGCUCCAUCACUCAUCGCCGCCUCUUCUAUUUUCUUGGCUAAAUAUAUACUUCUUCCUUCGAGAAGACCAUGGAAUUCUACUUUGCAGCAUUACACACUUUACAAGCCUUCAGAUUUGUGUGACUGUGUUAAGGAUCUCCUCCGCUUGUGCUGUAACAGCAAUAAUUCUACCUUACCUGCAAUCAGGGAGAAAUACAGUCAACAUAAGUACAAAUUCGUAGCGAAGAAAUACUGCCCUCCUUCAAUACCUCAAGAAUUCUUCCACAACCAAAGCUGCUAAUACAGUUGCAUUUUCUCUUCCAAUGCUCCGUUGGAUAAACAAACCUUCAAAUGAAUCAUUUUUAGUAGCUCUAUCUGGUUCCAAGCAAUGGAAUACAUGUGUUCUUCUCAUUGUAUCAUUUUUUUUCCCUUUAAAAUCUUGUAGUAUGUCAGUAGCUUUUCGCUUAUUGGUCUAGGUUCUGUUGAGUCCACUCUUUCAGCAAAGAUAUUGAUACUGAUAUUCUUGUAUGAUAUCCCUUCUUUCUUGUUUCCUA